ACCGUGUAUCAUAUAACUGUAACCACGUCUGUGGAAAGCCGUAUUCCUGUAAAUUUUUAUUUACACGUUUUUGAGUUAAAAUUAUUUAAAUAAAUAUAUAACAAUUCCUUGAAGUUGUCAGAAAAGAGCAAAUCAAGAUGGAAUACGGCGAAGAAUAUGACGAGGUAAAGUAUGAUGCCUAUGGCUAUCAUGGAGGCCAUGACAUGGAGAUGAUUGGAGAUAUGGAUUAUGAAAGACAAGUAGCAGAAACUUACAAAAUUCCUGAAGUAGUGCGGAAUUUUUUGCUGUACUUAGCUAAGGCAAUAAGUGAAGGAAAUGUUUAUGAACUUCAAAGCAUGUAUGAGACCAGUUAUGUAAAGUUAACAGAAAGAUUUUACAAGUCAACUCCAUGGCCUCUAGCCAAAGAUGUAGCAGCUAUUGUGGGUGAUGAUGAAAAAUUUGACAUUCUUUACAAAGAAUUAUAUUACAGACAUUUGUAUGCUAGAGUCAGUGGAGGCCCUAGCAUAGCAGAGAGAUUUGAAUCAUACUAUAAUUAUUGUUGUCUGUUUAAUCUCAUACUGAGUGCUAGCGAACCUGUUCAGUUGGAAUUGCCUAACCAAUGGUUAUGGGAAAUUAUUGAUGAAUUCAUAUAUCAAUUCCAAAAUUUCAGUCACUAUCAAAGUAUGCUCAAUAAGCGAAGUACUGACGAAAUUGAACAACUUCGCCAGCAUCCUAAGGUUUGGAAUGUACAUAGUGUAUUAAAUGUUCUUCAUUCACUUGUGGAUAAAUCAAACAUCAAUAGACAGCUUGAGGUCUACACUAAUGGAGGCGAUCCUGACAGUGUUGCUGGAGAAUUUGGACGUCAUCCAUUGUAUAAAAUGUUAGGUUAUUUCAGUUUGGUUGGACUCCUUCGUUUACAUUCUCUGUUGGGCGACUACUACCAAGCUAUUAAAGUCUUAGAGAACAUAGAAUUGAACAAAAAAAGCUUGUAUUCCCGUGUUCCUGCUUGCCAAAUAACCACAUACUAUUAUGUUGGCUUUUCGUACCUCAUGAUGAGGCGUUAUUCAGAUGCUAUUCGAUCCUUCUCCAACAUUCUUCUCUACAUUCAAAGGACACAAAGAAAUCUUUUCCAACAAAAGACAUAUCAAGCAGAUCAGAUGAACAAACAAACUGAACGGAUGUACACUUUGUUGACAAUCUGUCUUGUAUUGCAUCCUCAGAGAAUUGAUGAGAGUGUAUUGUCAACUAUUAAGGAAAAUUACGGAGAAAAACUUUUGAACAUGCAGCGUGGAGAUUUAUCUGAAUUUGAAGCUUGCUUUUCUUUUGCUUGCCCUAAAUUUUUGUCACCUGUUCCACCAAGCUAUGACAUUCAAAAUAUGGAUGCCAAUUCUCAUAGGGAACCAUUUGUUGCUCAAUUGAAAGUUUUUAUGGAUGAAGUUCGACAACAGAUAAUGCUCCCAACAAUUCGCAGUUACUUGAAACUUUACACAACAAUGCCAAUUGCUAAACUAGCUACCUUCUUGGAAAUGAAAGAAGAAUUAGUUGUAAAUUAUCUGCUUUGCUUCAAGCAUAAAAUGAAAAAUAUGGUCUGGACUAAAGGUACCAGUGGAUUAGAAGGAGAAUUUCAGUCUGGUUCUGAAGUUGAUUUCUUUAUUGAUAAGGAUAUGAUCCAUAUUGCUGACACUAAAGUAGCCAUUCGUUAUGGUGACUUCUUCAUUAGACAAAUUCACAAAUUUGAUGAGAUGCACAGGAUGAUCAGUGGUAUACAGGUCUAAAAGAGCAUAACCAAGAAAAUUGUUUUUAAUUUGUAAUAUUCUAUUCAUGUGAAACAAAAAGUGAUCAAUAAAAAAGGACUUUUUUAAAAAGA